CCUGUUUUCUCCUCUUUUGCAGAAAAAACUGAGCAAUGUUGAUGUUGACCCUGGGCUAGGAGCUUCUGGCAUCUUCCUUCCCUUUCUGACUGUUUUACGAUUGCCACAUCACUACCUCGUUCGGCAACCCGUUUAAGAUGCGGGCCUGGAAAGCAGUGGCCAGCACACUCACCUUCAUAGGUGUGGACGUGACAUCGACCACAUUGCUGUACGAAUAUAAUCGCCACAGCAGUAGCAUCCUGCAGGAUCUCAAGCACUUCAACAUCUUUGACUCCAUGCUGGAUAUCUGGGGGUCUUGCUUAUAUCGCAGCUGUCUGCUUUUGGGGGCCUCCAUUGGGGUGGCCAAAAAUACCAAUUAUGGUCCAAAACGAUUGAAAGGAUCCCGGAUCUUUAUCAUCCUGGUCUGUCUGGCAGUCGGGAUCUAUGCCCUGGUCAAAUUGCUGCUUUACUCCGAAGUGAGAAAGACCAUCAAGGAUCCUUGGUUUUGGGGUUUCUUUGCCUGGACUUACAUCUCCCUGGUGGCCACCUUCUCCUUGUGGCAGCUACUCUCUUCUGUGACACCUGCCAGGGAUACCUUAGGGAUUAAUUCUGAAUCCAGGGCUGAAGCAGAAGAAAUCGGAGACCCUAAUUCUCCUGGGUUUCGGGAAAAGAAAGAGGAGCCAUCAGCUGGCACCAUUUGUAAACUCUUGUCCUACACCAAACCAGAUGCUCACUUCCUUGUGGUGGCCUUCUUUUUCCUCUUACUUGCUGCUUUAGGAGAAACUUUCCUUCCGUACUACACUGGCCAGGCCAUUGAUGGAAUAGUCAUCCAGAAGAGCAUGGACCAGUUUUCCAGAGCAGUGGUGAUCAUGGCGUUUCUAGUCAUAGGAAGCUCAUUUGCCGCAGGUAUCCGGGGUGGGCUCUUCACCCUUGUGUUCGCCAGAUUGAACAUCCGGCUCCGCAGCAAGCUCUUCCGGUCGCUCGUUGUGCAGGAAAUGAGCUUCUUUGACGAAAAUCUCACCGGCGACAUUAUUUCCCGACUAACAUCAGACACAACAAUCGUGAGCGAUCUGGUCUCCCAAAACAUCAACAUCUUUUUGCGCAACCUGGUCAAAGCCACAGGGGUCAUCGUUUUCAUGUUUAGCCUCUCGUGGCAGCUGUCCUUGGUGACCUUCAUGGGCUUCCCUAUAAUCAUGCUGAUGUCAGACCUUUAUGGAAAAUACUAUAAGAAGCUCUCCAAAGAAGUCCAGAACGCUUUGGCCAAGGCGAACAACACUGCCGAAGAAACCAUCUCAGCGAUUAAGACGGUCCGAAGCUUUGCCAACGAGGAGGCAGAGGCAGAAGUCUAUUGGGACAAGCUGCAGCAGGUCUACCAACUCAACAAAAAGGAAGCCAUGGCGUACACCUACUACGUGUGGUCAAAUGGACUCACCCUCCUCAUCGUUCAAGUUAGCAUCCUGUACUACGGAGGCCACCUGGUGAUCACUGAGCAAAUGACUAGUGGAAACUUGAUAUCCUUCAUCAUUUAUGAGUUUGUCCUGGGAGACUGCAUGGAGUCGAUUGGUUCAGUUUACAGCGGCCUCAUGCAGGGUGUGGGGGCUGCCGAAAAGGUGUUUGAGUUCAUAGACCGUCAGCCGACUAUGAUGAGUGAUGGGACGCUGGCGCCCAGCCAACUGGAAGGAAAAGUGGAGUUUAAGAAUGUCACUUUUGCUUACUGCACCCGGCCUUCAUCCCAGGUGUUACAGGAUGUCUCCUUCACGCUCCAUCCUGGGAAGGUGACCGCUCUGGUGGGCCCUUCCGGCAGCGGGAAGAGUUCUUGUGUCAACAUCAUGGAGAAUUUCUACCCUCUUCAACAGGGGCAGGUUCUUCUGGAUGGGCAGCCUAUUGACCUGUAUCAGCACAAGUACCUUCACUCAGUGAUCUCUCUGGUGAGCCAAGAGCCGGUACUGUUUGCCCGAUCGAUUGCAAAAAACAUCUCUUACGGCUUGGCCUCGGUCCCAUGCGAAUUAGUCGUUCAAGCUGCCCAGAACGCCAAUGCCCACACCUUUAUUAUGGAAUUGCAAGAUGGGUAUCACACAGAAGCUGGAGAGAAGGGAACCCAACUGUCCGGCGGCCAGAAGCAGAGGGUAGCUAUUGCGAGGGCCUUAAUCAGAAACCCACCGAUCCUGAUCUUAGAUGAAGCCACAAGUGCCUUAGAUGCAGAGAGCGAACAUGCGAUCCAGAAAGCUAUUUAUGGGCAUGUCCAGAAUCACACAGUGCUUGUCAUAGCCCAUAGACUGAGCACUGUGGAAAAGGCACACAAUAUCAUUGUUCUCGACAAGGGCCGUGUGGUACAAGAAGGGACGCAUAAGCAGCUUAUGGAAGAAGGCGGCCUUUAUUGCAAGCUAGUGCAAAGACAGAUUCUCGGCCAUGAAGCAGGCAUGGGGGACAGCUGUCCGAUGAAUGGUGGCUUGGCGGGCAUCCAGAGAGAUUCUCCCAAGGCGGGAUUGGCAGAAGAGCUCCAGGUGUGACGUCCCACCUGCUGGACUUGAGGAUGCUCAGCUGGACCGUCCUGCUGUCAACUGAUCCCAGAAGUGAAUGUAACAAGGGUUCCCAUCAAAGCCCAGCUGGAAGAGUUACCAUUUUUCACAGGGCUUCUCCAGUCUUCCCUAUUCAGUGGUGGCUAUUUACAAUCCUAAGCAGCUGUCCAACCUGAAUUACUCCCGGGGGGUUGCAUCUUGUAGAUCAGAAAGAAAACCAGAUGCAAUUCUCUUAACGGUCUGUGUGUUCUUCCUUCCACUGAUACACCUGCCAACUUUGCUGUUAUGUAUAAAUGGGCAUGACUUUUAGGUGCAUGCAUUGGAGGGAAGAAUAAAGAUCUGUGAUGGAUCACCAAGGCGAGGACUAUGGGCCAGGAAGGAAACACUCUCUUGGGAUUGGCCCUGAAGCCAACCGGUUCACUUUCGGAUCACUCCGGUGCCUACAGAUUUCCUUUGUGCUUCCAUGAAAGUUCAACUGGACCUAUAGAUAU